AUGCCUGCUUCGAAUUUACCUGAAUACCGGCACAUGCGAUCUGGCAGCCUCAACAUCCCACCCCAGGCCACCACCACGCACAAGGGCACCAUGAAUCCCGCGCCCGCCUCCCAGAGAUUCGAAGGGCCUCGGAGCCCGCCCAACACCUCCCACGUCCCUUGCAAGUUCUUCCGUCAAGGCGCCUGCCAGGCUGGGUCAGCGUGCCCGUUCAGCCAUGACAUCGGCGUCGCCACCGAGACCGUCUGCAAGUACUUUGCCAAGGGCAACUGCAAAUUUGGCCCCCGAUGUGCCAAUAUCCAUGUUCUCCCCGACGGCCGCCGAAUCAAUUACCACAAGAACGGAGUCACGAUAGGCAAUGCCUCGAUCAACCUGGGCAGCCGCGUGAACCCCCCGACUUUCCCGCAAUCCUCCAGCAGCGCCCUCACCAACUCGUUCAUGCGAGCCGACGGCGUCCCACCCUACACUGCUGCGAAUCCCUACGGCGACGAGAGAUUUGACCACCAGCUCGACCGGCAACCGAGCAUGGAGAAUGGUCUGCCCACCAUUGAUACCACAUAUUCCGCCGACCCCACCUCCAACUAUGGCUCGCCCCGCGAAGACGACCCUGGUCGGCUCGGCCUGGGCCUGUCGCCAAUGAACACCAAGGUUCUGUCUGUGAUGGACGCGCCGCUGCCGGCAUCGUUCGAUUCGAACGGCAUCUCUCAUGCGGCACGCUACGGUCCCUGGCCGGCCUCGGUGCCGUCCCAAUUCGGUCUCGAGUCGCCUUCGCCGUCCCUGCACAACGCCAGGGAUGACCGCACCUCCGAGACGCUCAAGAACCUGCGCUCUUCCGCCUUUGGCGGCGAUCAAUUCUCGACCUUUGCCUCUGCGCACGAUAGCAGCGCCAUCGGAAGUAGUCCGCCCGCAAACUGGGGCGUGGAAGAGCACUUUGGAAAACGGGCCAUGCACUCGAGCUCGUUCCGGUACGCCAAGCCGAAGCUCAUGAGCAGUAGCGCGCCCAAGGUCGACCGCGACUGGGACCAGGAGUUCAUGUUCCUGGAGGAGGACUACGUCCCCGGCUCGCUCGCUAACGAAGUCCUGACGCCGCAGGAGAAGGCCAGGAGGGGCUCGAUACGUUUGACGGAGGAGGAGAAGGCGAGGGACAUCCCCACCGGCUCGUCGCUCACCAAGUUUGGGAGUCCGAUGAACUCGGGCAGCCCGAGCCGGUGGGGCCCGCUCUUCCAGCGGCAGAGGGAGGAGGAGAUGGAGUCGGGCAGCAUGGGCCGGUCGAUGAAGCACGCCGCGGCGUCGGCGUUUGGGCACGUCGGCAGCCCGCUGCGCAACUCGAGCCUCGCCACCGACGGUGAGCUCAACAGCAUGCGGCUCAACGGCCGCAGCCGCUCGGGCGGCGAGCCCACCUCGGCCCUCACCCAGCAGCUCCAGCGGACGCGGCUCUCGGACGACGGCAGCGGCGCCGCCGGCGCGUCGAGCAGCCCGCACCUGCACCCCAACGCGGCGGCGGCCAAGGCGGGCAUCGUGGGCAUCAUCGGCAAGGAGCGGGAGCGGGAGCGGGGACUCGAGAGGCACGUCAGCAGCGGGUCCAUCGGGUCCUCUGUCACGGGGCGGUUCACGACGCCCAUCGACGAGGAGGACCCGUCGUUUGUGUUUAGCAUGGAGGAGGAGGACGAGGCGCAGCUGAGGGCGAGGAAGAGAGCUUCAGGCGGUGGUGUCGGUGGCGGAGGAUGGAGCUAUGCUGGCAUCGCGGCGGGGAAGCAUUCGUCGGCCAACGGCGGCGGUAGUGGUGCGAAUAAGAGUCGGCCGGCACCUGCCCAGUAG